UUUGGCUUGUUAUCAGAUCUUACACUCGUAAAAAGCCCUAAUUGGAAGUAAAUCAAGUAAUACUUUCGGGUCCAAAAAAUAUUCCGGAUUUUCAAGGUUUGUUUCUGUUUUCGCAUAUUGUUCUUUAUAUUUAGAUCUAACUACUAAUUAAUUAAUCCUAAAAAGCCCUAGGUUUUCCAAGGUUGUGGCGUUUUUAAUCCUAAGCAUUUUGCUCUAUUUCCCCCCAAAUAUUCAAAUUUGUAAUUCCUUUCAAAUUUGUAAUACUGCAGUAAUUAAUUAAUCCAAAAAGCCCUAAUUUUAAACUAAUAGAUAUAGAUGAUAUAGAUAUUCUUGUUGGAAAGAAAAAUAUGUCAGAAUACAUUCCCUUUGAAAUCCAAACUGAAAUCAUCAAAAGGCUUCCUGCCAAGUCCGCCCUAAAAUUCAGACUUGUUUCAAAACCCUGGAAUUCUUACAUCGGAAGUUCCGACUUUAUUAUCGCUCAUCACCGUCGCAACAUUCACCACCAGCCACCCCGUCUACUUGCUUGGUGCAAAAACCCAUCAGACGUUGACAUUUAUGUUACGCUUUUUGACGACGACGACUCUUUCUACCGACAAGACUUUACUCCCAAGUCUCAGGGUCUGAGUAAAGUACUUAUGGAUCUUAAAGUAGUUGACUGCUCUCUUGGCUUGGUGUGCUUAUAUGGUUCUCAUUAUCACGAUCCAUCAACAAGCGUUGCUAUUCUUUGGAACCCUUUAAUCAAAAAAUCCGUUCAGGUUGUUUUGCCGCCCUCUACUACUGCUUCUGCUACAAGAGUUUUGGCUGGUUUUGGGGUUUGCCCCGUCACUUUUGACCCUACUGUUGUCAGCAUUAGCCUACCAUGGAACGCUCAAGUUUUUACAUUGACCUCAGGGACUUGGAGGAGCCUCAUGUCGAGCAAUCUGUCCCGUAGAAAUAUUAAUCUGCCAUCCGCUGGGGUAGGCUCUCAGGUAGUUAUAGAUAAGUUUAUUUAUUUGAAUGCUCGUGAAUGGAGGUUUGUUGAUAAGGUUGCAAAACCUCAGAAUGUCAAUUUGAUUGUAUCAUUUGAUAUGACUACUCAUGAGUUUGAUGUCAUACAACUCCCAGAUACCUUAUCACACGCCAAUUUCUUAAAGUUUUCUAAGAUGCGAGACUCAAUUGUUGUGGUUGAAUUCAUGAGCGUAAACAUGGAAAUUAAUGUCGUUUGGGUUAUGGAAGAUAUUGUAACGAAAUCGUUCUCAAAGCGAUACGCCAUUAAAGCACCAAAUCCAACAACGAAGGACGUUCUAGGUUUUAGAAACAGUGGGGAAUCUAUAAUGGAAGCACAGUAUCAUGGUGAAGGAACACUUGAAGUUUAUGAACCGUGCUCAGAACACAUCAGUAAGCUUGGGAUUAAUGGAAAACCCUUUUCUUUCUUUGUAAGCCCUUAUGUGGAAACUCUACUACUGCUUGAUCAAGCAGAUUGUCAUAUUCAUGCCGACUCUGAUUGAUUCCUUCGUGCUGAAGAGGUCUGCUACCUCAUGAGGGAGGGUUUGAGCCUGUAAUUGAGAAACCUUACUUAUUUGCAGCUUUAGAUAUGCAACCUACUUAUAACCAGUUACAUUGACAUACUAAAACAACAAACCGGCAAAGAGGAUAUAGGUGUUGGGUCCGUGACGCCAACAUUGUUU